AUGCUGAUUGAUAAUUAAUUUCUACAUAAUCAUAAUCAUGUUCAGAUAAAACACAAACGAUAAGCCCCAAAAACUGAGAGAAUGUCCUUGAAAUUGACUAAUGUAUCACCUAUUCGCAGUUUUCAUCAAACUGAACGUGAUCAAUUAGAGUAACUAAUUAAAUAGAGCAUUUAAAAUCCAAAGAACAUCAAUGUAAAGUAUAACUAAUAAUUUAAUAUAGUGUCUUUUGAAUCAAUUUUUAUCUCGAAAAUAAGAAGAAAGCAGAAUAAGAGUCUAUUCAUAACCUCAGAUCUAAACCGGAGAAUGUUCACCUUAUAAAAAAAUUAUCAAGUAUAAAGCAUCAAGCAGACGUAGCAGCAAAGAAAAACAAACAGAUAGUACUCCUAUUUCACCGAAUAGUUCCCUAACAUUUAAAAAACAACUUACUAUUCACAUUGAAUCAACUUAUUCAUAAAGAAAAUAACUAACUAUUUCUAAACUAUCAACUAAUGAUUUGAUUUAAUAUCAUAAGCAACUGAUUUAAAGGGCUUAAAAAAUGUUCCUUUGUGCAUAAAAUAAGCGAUCAAAAUGA